AUCCCCCUGCCCAGCUACUUACUCAGCGAGACACCUGUGCUCCUUCCACUGUGCUCACAUAGUCACAUGAGUACAAUCGACAACAAGUUCACCACAUCUUCAUCUCUCCCACUCGCCGGUUCCAAAACAUAUUUAGCAUUCCUCCCCUAUUGCUCCCUGAAUCGAGAAAUCGUCUUGCGGUUGCAUAUUGCCUUCAGCUGUUCUGUUGCCUUCUUCUGGGAUUGAUUUGAAGAUGCCUAAUAGCAUGAUUGCGCUCUACAUUACUCUUUGUUCUGUCCUGUUCAUCAUAUCCAAGAUGCUCAUCUCCUUCCUGUGCUACAAGAAGUGGGCUCGCAAGAAGAGGAUCAUCGAGACCAGCCUCACAGGUGGGAAGCUGGUGAUCUUCCGGUCGGCGGCGAUGCAGUCGCUGAGCCCGAAGUCGUUCAUGCGGAUGAUCAUGGGGCUGUCAAGCAAGGACGUGAUCGGGUCCGGCGGGUACGGGACAGUCUACCUGCUCCGGCUGGACGAGAAGUCGGCGUUCGCGAUCAAGAAGCUGAGCCGGGGCAGCGCGGAGAUGGACCGCGGCUUCGAGCGGGAGCUGGACACCAUGGGCGACAUCAAGCACCGAAACAUCGUCCCGCUCUGCGGCUACUACGCGGCGCCGCACUUCAACCUGCUCAUCUACGAGCUCAUGCCCAACGGCAGCCUCGACGGCAUCCUCCACGGCAAGAAGGAGGAGAAGCAGGCGGCGCUCCUGGACUGGCCGGCGAGGUACAAGAUCGCGCUGGGCGUGGCGAGGGGCCUGGCGUACCUGCACCACGACUGCAUCCCGCACGUCAUCCACCGCGACAUCAAGUCCAGCAACAUCCUCCUCGACCACAACAUGGAGGCCAGGGUGUCCGACUUCGGCCUCGCCACCCUCAUGAAGCCCAACGAGAGCCACGUCACCACCGUCGUCGCCGGUACCUUCGGCUACCUCGCGCCAGAGUACUUUGAGACCGGGAGGGCGACAACCAAGGGCGACGUCUACAGCUACGGCGUCGUCUUGCUUGAGCUUCUCACCGGGAAAAGGCCGACGGACGAAUCCUUCAUAGAGAACGGCACACGGCUGGUCACCUGGGUCAAGGAGACGAUGGAGGAGAAGAGGGAGGAGCACGCCGUCGACAGCGCGUUGCCUUCUUUCCCGGCGGAGGAGGUCAAGUUCGUGUUCACCGUGGCGGAGAAGUGCCUGGAGUCCGAUCCCCGCGAUAGGCCGACCAUGGCGCAGGUGGCCAAGAUGCUUGAGCAGGCCAAGCUUGCGUAGUAUACAGUAUGCUGAUUGAUUGACGCGCAGUAUAUAGCUUGGUUCUUAGUUUGUCUGCCGAAUUUUUCCGACUCUAGCUAGGCGCUGAUUUCCGAAAUUCGGAAUGGAUUCUGCCGAAAAUUUUCAAAAUAUUUUUGUUGGCAAGGUGCAAGUUGGUGUUGUAUAAGGAGCUAAUUUACUGUUUUGGACUUGGAAAAGAUUUGUACAGCGAUGCUUAUGAUCCAAUACCGCCCGAUCUAUGGCAUCUAA